AUGUCACCACCGGUUGUUCUGUACCAUUAUGACUUGUCCCCUUAUGCCGCCAAGAUCAAGGAUGUCUUGGCACUGAAGAAGAUUCCGCACAAGAGAGUUGAGGUGUCAUGGAUUCCUCCACGGCCUGAGCUCUCAGAGAUACUGGGAAUCCCCUACCGCCGAAUCCCUGUUCUUACAAUAGGGAACGACGUCUAUUGCGACAGCAAUAUGAUUGCAUUGGCGCUCGAACGCCGUUUCCCUGCUUCUGAAGGCUACGGAACCCUUUUCCCCCCGCGAAGAGGGACGAACAAAGUGGAUCAGGGCAUCAUGAAGGCGUUUUCCGUGUUUUUCAUUGAUAACGCCGUCUUUCACGGAGCAACAGACCACAUACCAUACGAGCGGCUCACCCCUGAGUUUAUCGUGGACAGAAGUUCCUUCCGUGGGCACUACAUUGAUGUUCCCGCCAUUGCCGCGCGGCGAGAAGAGGUCAAGAGUACACUCUCAUCGUAUCUGCAUUUGCUAGAAGAACAAUUGGUCGACGGUCGCGAUUGGCUGUUUGAUACCGAAGGCCCUAGUCUCGCUGAUAAUGCGGCGUACUUUGUCUUCUACUGGAUGAAGGAUUUCAUGCGCUCACUAGAUGACCUGUGGGAUCCUGUUACGUUCCCAAGAAGCAUGGAGUGGAUUUCGCGUAUUACGACUCUUCUUGAAGACCUUCGGAAGGAAAACGCGGCGCCGUUCGAAGCCAUCACUGGACAGGAAGCCGCCGAACUCAUCAGCUCGUCGCAACGGGAGGAUUUGGACGUCAUCGGCUUCGACAGCGUUGAGGCGAGUCGAUUGAACGUCGCAAAAGGAGAAAUGGUGGCCGUCAUGCCACGGGACUAUGGUCAAGUGCCGACUUGUGGGAAGCUCCUUGCACUGAGCCGAGAGGAAGUCGUGAUUGAGACUGGGAACGCUAGUAUCAUGCUACGAUGCCAUUUCCCGCGCUUGAACUUCUCUGUAAGGCCGAAGAGGGACUUUGAAGGCGCGGCGAAAUUGUGA